AUGAGCGCGGAAACGUAUGAAAAACAGCAAAGUCAUUUUACUCAUCAUCAUUAUCACUUCAUUGUGGUAAAUUUUGAGAGUUUCAAAAGGACCGCCCAUAAUGUUGAUGAGAACGCUUUGAAGCAUUUCAGUGCUAUAUUCAAACAUUGUUAUUCAAUUGAUUCCAAAGCCAAUGCUGCUGCUUAA